CUUCCUUUAAUAUUUUUCAUAUAUAAAAAUGUCCAUCUUUGAGAGGUCGCUUUAUGCGUAUGAUCCAAACGAACUAGAAGAUUUAGAUGAUAUUUUCAAUGAAGAGUCAUCUCAACUUAUCAGUUUAUCCAGUAUUGACGAUAAUCAACUAGACGAGUUGACCCGUUCUUUAGUCACACCAACUCCUAAUAAAUAUAGAACCACUUCUUCACCUUAUGCUGAAAGUGUUCAGUUAUUCAGGAACUUGAAAGAUACCGCUACCGUUGAUGACCUUGUCCACAGUGACCUUCGUGAGUUUAUGGGUCAUUACGAUAUGGACGAUUUACUAUCCUCAAGGCCAACCAGUAGCGUCAAAUUUUCAUCUCGUACGACAAACAUUCAAGACUUCAAGACAUCAACCAGACGUAAUACAAAUAAUGAAGAUAGAAAAAGUCAACUGCUAUCAGCACUUGAACAGUCAUAUAUCAGAGAACGACAAAUGGAACAAGUCUAUUUAGAUCAACUAAAAGAAAUAGACUCUAAAGCUUACGAACGACUCAAACGCGAUAGUGAAGCAUUCAUGAAACGAAGAAGUUCUCUUCUACAGCACUUUCGUAACUCAUGUGAGCCUUCUGUUCCACGUUACACUCUUGAAAAGACUAGCCAAUCAAUGGCCCCUUCACGAAGCUCAGGCAAUUCGACCACAACUUCAUCCUCUCACUCAAAUGAUGUCUAUUAUGAUCCCCCUUCUCCUCCAUCUAAGCGAUAUAGUCAAUGCUUGGAUCGCAACAGGGAAGCUGUCUAUCACAGGCAGAGCCUUGAUGAACCCAAUAGAGAUCAGGGUAUCAUAAAAAAGAACGUGCCUGAUUUAACUAAAUCGCCUAUUGUACGACCUGUGGUCACAAAUUAUAAUUACUUGACCCGAACCAAGAGAACAAACAGUGAGGCUCAGGAAAGGCCCAGGGUCGAGGGCUACUCAUUAAGAAGAGCAAGCGAAGAACAACCAAGAGGAAUGGCCCGUCGUUCGUCUAGACAGCAAGAUGAUAUGAGUCGCACAAGAAGAAUGUCUCAAAUGAAUGUUGAGAGUUACUUGGCUCACCCCAGAAGAAUAAGUGAAGACAGUGUGAAUCGUUCGAGAAGAACAAGCGAAGAUACAGUGGGCCGUCCCAGAAGAACAAGCGAAGACAACAAGUACAAGACAGAGACCUAUCUGGCUCGUCCAAGGGCCAGUGUUCAUGAUAUCACAGCACGUCCAAGGGAAGACAAGACAGACAGAGAUAUUGCCCUUUCUUAUCUAAAUCGUGCACAAAAGAGAGAUAGCAUAGAAAGAUGGUCUUUAAAGAAGCCAGUUGUUGUCAAUGAACCUCGUGUAUCAACACGUAUUACUCAAGAUAAAUUGAGCAAUAGAUCAUCCUUAAAGCGUAAUAGUAGUGUAGAAGAUAUCAGAAGGCGUCUGUCGUAUCUGUCUACUGACAAUAAGCGACAUACGAUGGAGCCUGUAAAGACAGAAAAAGAAAAGGCAACAGAGUCAGCCAAGAGGGUGUUGGCAAUGGUACAAGAAAGAAGAAGUAAGAGGCUUAGCUAUACUGGUCGUUUGGCUCAUUAAUAUAUUUAUUUAUUCAUUGUGUAUACCUUCAUCUUUAUGUAUCUGUCUUUUCGUGUAAAUAUCCAUGUAUGAUUAAAAUAAACAAACGCAUUAUGUGACACUUUUUUUUUAUACGUGACUCUCUCACCUUGCCUUACUCUUUUCUUCUUUGCUCUUUUAUUU